AUGGAAGGACUGGAACUUCUGAAAGUAGUGAACGGACGCUAUCAGACGCUACGAGAGGCACUGGUUGGGCCGGAAAAACGAAGCAAACGAGGCCUGGUUGAUGCUGGAGGUACGGUGCUACAGUGGCUAUUUGGAGUGGCCACCGGACGCGAUUUGGAAGGACUGAACGGACAGUUACAGGCCCUGGGACGGGAGACGACAGGAAUCAUCCACGCCGUGGCGCAACAAGCAACUCUCGUGAACGAGACCUGGCGGGAGCUAGGUGAACACGUCCUCGUCAUGCAACAAUUGAACAAAGCCCACAUGUCCCUGGAGAAAGAAUUCAACUGGUGGAAGGUGAACAUCGUUGAAACUGUGUCCUCCCUGGAACGACAGAUGCUCUUGGAGGCGAGAAUAGACGACGCAUUUCGGACUGCCCAACAGACUAUGGACUGGGUGAGGAUGACGUUGGAGGACGUAAGCGUCGGUCUAGCACUACUGGCAACUGCACGGCCGGGAAUAUUGGGUUACGCUACGCGCCAAUACCCGCAUUUCUAGCCGUUGGAAUGGACCGUCAGACUUUUAUGGAGUUAACGGAGUCCGAAGUUCGGGUCUGUCAAGGUCGUUCGGGCUCUGUUUUUCCACCUAGUAAAGCCAUCUACCGCAAGAACUUUAAGAAGACCUGCGCAAUGGCGCUAUUCUUACAAGAUUCUGGAAAGAAAAAAAUUGAAUGUGACCAAAUUGUAGUUGAAUGGAGAGGCCCGGAGGCCAUUUACUUGGGACAACGCCAGUGGGCAGUGUCUAUGAGUCAACCACAAUCACUCGUGAUGGCUUGCCCUCAGCAAGUGGACAUGCGGAAUCAUCCGAAAGCGGAACUGCCUUCUGUCGGAAUUGUGGAAAUUCCUCGUGGAUGCUCGAUCCAGACAGACGAAUGGAUUUUACAAUCCAGCCAAAAAUUUUCUACAGUGUCUACUCGGAACGCCAGCAUCUUUAUGCCUCGGCUGCGAGGGGUGAACUGGGCUGUGGCGCAGGACCCGGGUGACGUAAGCACAGACGCGGACGGGCGUUCGGUCAACUCAUCGCUCCAGACGUCAUUGGAGACGUCCUUGAAGCGAAUAGCCAGCGGCAAAACUGGUGCUAAUGAUUUUGGUAAGACUGUUCGGGCUCUUGAAGAAGGCGACAAGGAAAGGCGAGACGGAGCGCAAGGCCUGCGGCUAUAUCCAUACGAGCUGUGGGGUGGAAUGCUGUUGGCGUUUGCUGCGUGUGGCGUGGCAAUAUGGAUUCUAUGGCGCCGUGGCGGUGGGAGCACUGCAGAGAUGACUGAACUACGCAUUCGUUUGCUGGCCUUGGAGGAUAUCCUACGGGCUGAAGCGGAAGACAGGAGAGGCCAGCGGGGAAAUACGUUGGAGCGUCUGACGAACUUAGACGGCCGUAUGACAGCCCAUGAACGGACUUGCAUGUCGGCGCUGAGCAACCUGGAGUCAGCUGUUGGAGAUCGGCCCGGGAGAGUCGGCGUGUAGGCCUUACGGCCUACUUUUCAUCGACUUUUUUGUUAUUUCGUUUUAUUUUUUUGUUCUCUCUCUUGCUAUUCGUUUUGCUUAUUAUUCUUGUUUGUUUUUGUAUGCUUGCCUUGCUAUGUAGUAUUUUUUUUCUUGACAAGACGUGUAGUGGCAGUCGGGACGUCUGCGUCUAGAAGGGGGGAUGUCGCGUUGAUCAUUGAUCACGCGUUGGCCAUUGCCCCCGCUAUACGAGCCCGUUGGUAUGUAGGCCAACCGGUAGUGUGGCGUCAGCAUCCGCCGACGCCCAACACCUAUAUAACCAUGUAGCUACACUUGUAUCGCUCUCGCUCUAGUGCAGUAGUCAGUACAAUACACGUUAGCACGUU